CUGCUGGAACCUGUUGCUCCGCAGUUCCGUGUUGUGCAAUGGACGGGCCUGGUCUCUCUCUCUCUAAAUUAAGUUACUCUUCUACCGAGAUGCAAUUUCAGAGAGGAUCUGAAGAGCUCUUCCCCAGCGUCUCCAGCGCCCCGUAUAUCAUGAGCACCACAGCCAAUGGCAACGACAGUAAGAAGUUCAAAGGUGACAUAAGAGGUCCCGGUGUGCCGUCCAGGGUCAUCCACAUCCGAAAGCUUCCGACUGACAUCAGCGAGGCCGAGGUCAUCAGCCUCGGUCUGCCCUUCGGAGACGUCACCAACCUGCUGAUGCUCAAAGCCAAAAACCAGGCCUUCUUAGAGAUGAACUCGGAGGAAGCGGCUCAGAACAUGGUGGGAUAUUACUCCACCCUGGUGCCCAUCAUCAGGCACCACCCGGUCUACAUCCAGUUCUCCAACCACAAGGAGCUGAAGACCGACAACUCCCCCAACCAGGAGAGGGCCCAGGCGGCUCUUCGGGCCCUCACUUCAUCACAUGUGGACGCGGCCGUGGUGGCUCCGAGCACCGUGCUGAGGGUGGUGGUGGAGAACUUGAUCUACCCCGUCACACUGGACGCCCUCUGCCAGAUCUUCUCAAAGUUCGGCACGGUGCUGAGGAUCAUCGUCUUCACUAAGAACAGUCAGUUCCAGGCUCUGCUGCAGUACGCCGACGGAACCUCCGCCCAGUCGGCCAAACUGUCUCUGGACGGACAGAACAUCUAUAACGGCUGCUGCACUCUGAGGAUCAGCUUCUCCAAACUCACCAGCCUCAACGUCAAGUACAACAACGAGAAGAGCCGCGACUUCACCAGACCAGACCUGCCCAGCGGGGACAGCCAGCCCACCAUGGAGCACCCCGGCAUGGCCACCGCCUUCACUCCAGGUAUCAUCUCAGCCGGGCCGUACGGAGCAGCGACCCACGCCUUCCCCCCCGCCUUCACCCUGCAGCCUACAAUGUCCUCCCACUAUCCAGGCCUGGUCCCCACGAUGCCCGGGGGAGCCCUGGCCUCCCUAUCCCUCCCUGGAGCCUCCAGGCUGGGCUUCCCCCACAUCUCUGCAGGAGUCUCUGUCCUGCUGGUCAGCAACCUGAACCCAGAGAGAGUUACGCCCCACUGCCUCUUUAUUCUCUUCGGUGUUUAUGGUGACGUGAUGAGAGUGAAGAUCCUGUUCAACAAGAAGGAGAACGCUCUGGUUCAGAUGUCAGACUGCACACAGGCUCAGCUAGCCAUGAGCCACCUGAGCGGGCAGCAGCUGCACGGGAAGCCUCUGCGCAUCACGCCGUCCAAACACACGAGCGUUCAGCUUCCCCGUGAAGGCCACGAGGACCAGGGCCUGACCAAAGACUACAGCAACUCCCCUCUGCACCGCUUCAAGAAGCCCGGCUCCAAAAACUACUCCAACAUCUUCCCACCUUCUGCCACCCUGCACCUCUCCAACAUCCCGCCGUCUGUGGUGGAGGACGACCUCAAGAUGCUGUUUUCCACAUCAGGAGCCAUGGUCAAGGCCUUCAAGUUCUUCCAGAAGGACCACAAGAUGGCUCUGAUCCAGAUGGGUUCGGUGGAGGAGGCCAUCGAGUCCCUCAUCGAGUUCCACAACCACGACCUGGGAGAAAACCACCACCUGCGGGUCUCCUUCUCCAAGUCCUCCAUCUGAGCCUCAGACGGUCUGAACCGUGUCCACUACACUCCCAUCAUUCCUGCGCACGUCUGCAAGAAACCACCGUGAAGUCUGGUGUGAUGUUAAAUUAUUUUUUAAAACUCAUUUUUAGGCUCUUUGCCUUCAAAGAGGAUUAGGGUCAUCUUAAGGAAAAGCAAGUGUGAGAGGAGGUCAGAAUUCUGCAUUUCUUUGUCGGGUUUCUGAGUUUCUCAGAAAUAAACUGACAGUUUCUGAUUGCAUUCAGGAUUUAGACUACAAUUGAGUUUUGGAAGUUGUACCUUUUAGCCACUCUUGCCUUUUGACUUUAAUCCUAGAAUUAAUCUAAUGAAGUCAACCUUAGUUUAUUUCUCGGGAACACUGACUUAAAUUCCUAAAAUCCCGACUUAAGUCAGAAUUCUCCCUUAAAUCUCAGACUCCCAAGUUUUCCUGAGAUGCUCCUAAUCCUCUUCUCUAAAGUUUCCCCCUUCAAAAGUAACGGUUCUAUCUUUAAAUUAUCUGCUCUGACGAGGUUUGGGAAGCCACAAGCCGUCAGAAUCUAGUCCGGGCCUCGUUAAGGACGGCCUCGUUAAGGACGGCCUCGUUAAGGACGGCCUCGUUAAGGACGGCUUAGUCCGGGCUUCAGAUGAUCCCUGUGCCUUAUUCCUGGAGUCAGAAUGACCUCGACUUUGACGUGUAAAAAAAAAUCUCCCAUCAUGCCUCUGUAAAUUGGCAAAGAGCAGGUUUACAGUUGAUAAAGGUUUACUGUUAAUGUAUUACAGAUAUAUCCUUAUUUUAUGUGUAUUUUAUUGGUGUUUUUCUUUAUGUUAGUGUUUUGUACUGCUGGUUACUGUAGCGUCGAACAUGUGAACGGAUUCUGUUGUAGCGGGGUUAUUUUAGUCUUUCUCUAUUCCUCUCUGAUUUCUUUAUUUCCAUGUAUGCAAUCACGUUUUAUUCAAAUCAAAUAUUGUAGCAAUAUUUUAAUCAUUCCUGAACUUUUACUCGUUUUCUUUUGUCGGUGGCUCGGCGGUUCUUCUCCUGCUGCCUUUUUUACAAUCUGACAACUGUCGUUAUGUUUCUGUCAGGAUGUGUUCGCUUGUCUUGUCUUCUCGCUUCGCCUCUGAACGGUUUUAUUUAUACGUUUGUGAUCCACUACAGCUGAAACCAAAAACGGCCUUUUUAGAUGCAACAAAUCCGCCUGCCUCAGGUUUCUGGUUUUAAGGACUUAAGGAAAAAAUAACACAAAAACAAAGAUGGAAGAUUGUGAACUGGUUUAGGCUUUGGUGGUGUUUUCCUGUGGGAGGUUUUUAUUCAUUUCUUGACCGCUUCACUGGAUUCAGUCUCUAUUGCAAACCCAGAUGUAACGUGGAGUGCCUUCAAACGCAGCGCCGAGUCGGACAUCAGGUAUUAAUUCCUCUUUUACUCCGAGAUGAAAGUUUGACGGAGAAGAAAAACCCCGCGGCCGUCACAAAUGUGCUGAAACCAGAAGGUGCUGGUAUGGUUUAUCUGUGUGUCUUAAUAUUAUUACGUCGACAUUCCAGCUGCUCAUGACCAAGAUUCCCCGUCUCGCCUGAAGGUUUCCCCUGAGGUGUGGUGCAUUCAAGACCCCUGGGGGAUUUGUAGUUGAGUUUUUAGAAGUCCUGACUCAUUCCAGAGGCGCAGAGGAGGUCGGGCUGUUCUUUAAAGUUACACACACACACACACUCACACUCACACUCACUCUGUCCCAUACAAGAGUUCAACUGACUGUUUACAUGCACGAAAUAAUAUCGUUUGAGCCCUUUUUCUGGAGAAGACGUGUCCAUAGAAGGCUUUAGCAUGAAUAAUGUGUAUAAAUGUUUAACUUUCUCCAGUUUGCAUGCAGCCGUGCAUUUUUCCAAGUUUUCCCACCGGUUGUUGACUUGUUGGACCAGCCUCUCCUCCAUUCCUUCAUUCGCACAUAUCCAAUUCUUUGAUACUUUGAAAACUUAGGAUACACCAGUUCCAACUUUCUCUACAAACGUUUGGCAGAUAUGAACGUUUUGCCUCGCUGUAUAGAAAGUAUUGAACUUUAUUUCAAUGGUCCAACUUUAAAUGAGCCAAAUUCAAUCAAACUAAUUUAUAAAACUACCUUUUUUUUCUCAAGACAAAAAAUGUUUGCACAGUUUAACCUUUUUUAAGCUUGCUAUUCCUAAGCCAAGUCUAGAGCCUGAGCUACUGAACCAAUUGAGGCUAAAUUCAAAAUAUCCAUACAUGCAUUAUAUAAAAUGUACUUGGCGUGUGUUAAAAGUGGAUGUCAUUGCAUGUAAGAGUAGUCAUUUAGUCUCCAGUUUUACCCCCUUCUAGCUUCUGUACAACUUUUUCGCCUUCGUUCAUGUCAGAAAUGCAAUAUGGUUACGAAAACCACAGAGAAUAUCCGCCUGUGACAUUCCCAGUGAUUUAGUCUGUGUGUAAGAUCAUAUUCAACACAGUGUGGAGGAGUUUAAACAUUCACACACACCUCAUCACAUCAGAACCAGUGAUGUGAGCAGCUGUUUUCUCCCAGUGGACCAAUGGAAACUGCUGGAUGUAAAUAAUAGUUUUGUUAAUUCCUUCAGAAGUUCCUCUUGUGUUGACAAUGAAGACGGACACAUUUACAUUUUUUUUUUUCCCCCAGGUGACUUGAAUGCAUCACGCCCCUCAGUGAGACGGGUGAGACAGAGUGGGAGUCAGUGAGAGGUGGAGGGCGGGGGUGUUGAGCUGUACAUACGUGUUUUAUACCACAGUGACGUGUCAGAGCUGAUGGUGGUUUUAUAUCUGAUGUAUAUUUUGAUUCAAAGUGAGCGCCCGGUUCUGAGCCUUACACUGUUUGUGUCACAAAGACAAACAAAAACGAGAAGCAGAUUAAAAAUCACUUUUUAUCAGAAAACUCUGAAGGCACGAGUCGUCUGUUUAUAUCGAACACUGUCGAUGUUUGUAUGAUGUUGUGAUGAAAAUAAAAAGACGAGACGAGAA